UUCUUCCGAGACCCCAAGUCGUGGUGCUUCCCCCCUCCCACCGGCCGACCCAGAUCCGGUGGCGGCCGGCAGCCAUGAACCCGUUGUCCUUCCGAGACCGCACCAACGAGUUCCGCUCCGCCGCCAAGACCGUCGCCCCAUCCCCCUCCGCCGACUCACGCUCGGCGCACUCCGACUUCAGAAGCCGCGCGUCCAACAUUGCGCUCGGGAUCCAACUGACCUCCCAGAAGCUCGCCCGCCUCGCCAAAUUGGCGAAGAGGAGAUCUGUUUUUGAUGACCCAACCUUAGAGAUACAAGAGUUGACGGCACUUGUUAAGAAUGAUAUCGGUGCUUUGGAUAAUGCUGUAAUUGACCUACAAGUUCUCUGCAGCUCGCAGAAUGGGAGUGGUAACCUUUCCAGCGAUACAACAAAUCAUUCCGCUAAUGUCGUGGACAACCUGAAAAAUCGCCUGACAAGUGCAACGAAAGAGUUGAAACAAGUUCUUACCAUGCGGACAGAGAACUUGAAGGUUCAUGAAACUAGAAGGCAAAUGUUCUCCUCCUCCUUAUCCGCUGCCAAGGAUACAUCAAAUCCACUCAUGCCUCAGCGUCUGCUUGUUGCCAGCGAGGCAUCCCACUCGGCGCCUCCAGCACCAUGGGCCAGUGAAUCUGCGUCUACGUCUUUGUUUCAGAGGAAGAAGACCAAUGGAGCAUCAUCAUCAUCAUCAUCGACUCCUGCUUUCAUGCAGCAGCAGUUGGCAGUACAGCAGGACAGUUACAUGCUUAGCAGAGCAGAGGCUCUUCGAAAUGUUGAGACAACUAUCCAUGGGCUGAGUAGCAUAUUUACUCAGUUAGCAACCAUUGUGUCUCAGCAGGGAGAGCUAGCAAUCAGAAUCGACGACAACAUGGUAGAGACAACAGCUAAUGUCGAGGGAGCGCAGGGUGAACUCCUGAAGUACCUCAACAACAUUUCAUCAAACAGGUGGCUGCUGAUGAAGAUAUUCUUCGUGCUGAUGGUUUUGCUCAUGAUCUUCAUAUUCUUUGUCGCUUGAUCCCCUUGUAAUACCAGACCCCCGCUCUCGUUGUUCCGCAUAAGUAUAUUUUUUGAUUUUUACUGAAGCACCAGAUACACCAUUUCACUUGGAUGAUGAGCAGCCAUCUAGCCUCUCUCAGUUGGUCAUGUAAAUAUGGAGAAGCUCCAACUCUUAACUGUUACAAUUGAACGACGAUGUUUGUACA